AUGGAGGAAGAGAUUAGAAACAUAGAGGAGAGCGAUGGGAUUCGGCUCACCUGGAAUGUAUGGCCUUCCAAAGGAGAUGCUACUUCAAAGGUCCCCUUGGCAUGUUUAUACAACAUUCAUCAAGAAACAAACAUUCUUGAAUGCGAGCCCAUAUAUUGUAUGAGCUGUAAUGGUGUCCUAAAUCCUCACUGUAAUGUCGAUUUUGGUAGGCAAACCUGGAAUUGUGUGAUAUGUAACAAUAACACGGCACUACCAAGCCAUGCACGGGGGAUAACGCCAGAUAAUCUUUUACCAGAACUACUACCCCAGAGCUCUACAGUUGAGUAUGUUUUGAGUAGAGAGUGUAUCUUUCCUGUUGUGUUUUUCUUUAUUGUUGAUAUAUGUACGUUUGAUGAUCAGAGACACAUUCUUCUGAAGGAUGCACUUAAAGCGGCAUUAGAGGGCAUUCCGGAUGAUGCAUUGGUUGGAUUUAUUAAGUACGGGACAAAUAUCGAGCUGCUGGAGCUUAGUGGAGCAUCGCCAAGAAAGACACACCUGUUUUCUGGGAAGAAGGAGUAUAAUGCCGAAGUUCUCAAAUCUCUGAACACAACCCCAAAGUUCGAAUCGCAGGUAGUGGGAAAAUUUUUAAAAAGAAAGAGUGAAUGUUAUGAUUUUCUAUACGAUGUGAUUGAAAAUCUUGAGAAAGACCCUUUCCCCGUCCUCACUGCAUAUAAACCUGUAAGGUGCACAGGCUCUGCAGUAUCGCUGGCGUUUUCCUUGCUAGAGACAAACUUCCCGGACACUGCUGUGAAAUACCUUUUAUUUACUCAGGGACCUUGUACAUUUGGGCCUGGAACAACAACUCCAAUAAAGUUUAAGGAGAAGGGGAGGAACGAGCAUCUUGAAGAGAAUGAUCCGAUGUAUGCAGGACCGGCAAGGAAGUUCUACACAAGCCUAGGAGAAAGGAUGAAUAGUGUGGGGCACAGUCUUGACAUCCUUGCAGCCACAAUAGUUGAUGUUGGAAUAUGCCACAUGGAAAGACUGACUUCAAUGACUGGAGGGAUGCUUAUAAUGGCGCAAGACUUUGAUAGAGAGAUUUACAUUUCAUCUUGCAAUAAAAUACUUAAUAGAAGCAAGGAGGGACAUCUAGUACAAGGAUUCAAUGCAAAGAUACAAGUUAAAACAAGUAAGAACCUCGAGUACAAAGGGAUCAUUGGACAAGGAAGAUCCUCUAGUGGAUGUUGGAGAAUAGGAUCUAUAUUUCCAUCCACUAACAUUUCAAUUCUUUUUGAUAAGAAGCCUGAAGCAAAGCAUGGAGAGUUUGGAUAUGUCCAGUUGAUUACACAAUAUCAAAGAAGCGAUAAGAAACUUCUGGUGAGGGUUACGACCUUUGCCAGGAUGUUUACAGACUCAAGGGAAGAUGUGAUUUGCGGGUUUGAUCAAGAGACUGUUGCAGUCUUUCAGGCAAGGUUCCUCCUUCUAAAGAAAUAUGAAGAGAUAAAAGAUUGCGAAAGGAUGAUUGACAAGAAUCUUAUAAGAUUCACCAAGGCAUUUGCUAGAUAUGAUAGGGGAGUGCCAUCCUCAUUGGUUCUUCCUGAUUCUAUGGCGUAUUAUCCAAACUAUAUGUUCUUCUUCCGAAGGAGCCUUUUGGUCCAGACAGGGAAUAAUUCACCUGAUGAGACUGCAUAUUACCUAACACUUCUGUAUAAUCAGAAAGUGUCGGACUCGCUGAAGCUCAUUAAGCCCAUCCUCAUUUCAUAUCACUACCAAGGAGGAGUUAAUGCAGUUGAAGUGGAUAGCAAGUCUUUGGAGCCUGAUGUAAUUCUUGUACUGGAUACGUUCCACAAUGUCGUAGUGUGGAAAGGGGAAUAUUUUGCACAGUGGGUUAGAGAAGGGUAUCAUGAACAACCUGAAUAUGAGUUCCUUAAAAGCAUACUAAAGAAUAGUGAGGAAAUGGCCAUCUCCCUAUGUGCCGAAAGACUUCCAACGCCUCAAUUCUGUAUCACAGAGCAGAACAAGUCACAGCAAAGGAUCCUCCAUCACUAUGUCAACCCCAGCGGAGGAGGAUCCAUAAUCACGGAGAACAUCAACUAUGAGAAGUUUGAGGAGGCACUGCGCAGAGUUGUUGUUUUCAACAAUGAAUAA